UUCUUUGCAAGCAAAUAUGGCGGCGAGUCACUGUCCGAGAUCUUUUCACGACACAUAUGAUCUUAAGGAAGAGCUUGGAAAAGGUGCAUUCAGUAUAGUUCGUAGAUGCAUUAAUAAAGAGACAAGGGUCGAAUAUGCUGCCAAAAUUAUCAACACAAGAAAACUUUCAAGUAGAGAUCUUCAAAAAUUGGAUAGAGAAGCAAGGAUUUGUCGUCUUUUAAAGCAUUCAAAUAUUGUAAGACUUCAUGCAAGCAUAGCAGAAGAGGGUUAUCAUUAUUUGGUAUUUGAUUUAGUAACUGGUGGUGAACUUUUUGAGGAUAUUGUGGCUAGGGAAUACUAUAGUGAAGCAGACGCAAGCCAUUGUAUUCAGCAAAUAUUAGAGAGUGUUCAACACUGCCAUGCAAAUAAUGUCGUUCACAGAGAUUUAAAGCCUGAAAAUCUACUCCUUGCCAGCAAAGAAAAAGGUGCCAUUGUUAAACUAGCAGAUUUUGGCUUGGCUAUUGAGGUAGAAGGAGAUAAAUUAGGAUGGUAUGGGUUUGCUGGGACUCCAGGAUAUUUAUCACCCGAAGUGUUAAAAAAAGAACCUUAUGGAAAAGCUGUAGAUUUAUGGGCUUGUGGCGUGAUUCUUUACAUUCUGUUGGUUGGUUACCCACCCUUUUGGGAUGAAGAUCAACACAAGUUGUAUGCGCAGAUCAAGGGUGGUGCCUAUGAUUAUCCAUCUCCUGAAUGGGACACAGUUACAGACGAAGCCAAGGAUCUUAUCAACAGUAUGCUUACAGUUGAUCAAACCAGACGAAUUCAUGCUCACGAGGCACUAAGACACCCUUGGAUUGUGAACCGAGAACGCGUCGCAUCCAAAGUUCACCGCCAAGAGACGCUUGACGGGCUGAAGAAGUUCAACGCAAGAAGAAAACUAAAAGUUGCCAUAUUGACCACGAUUUUGGCGACUUCAAACUUCAGUUCAAUUGCUGGAGUACACAGAACUCUUUCGGACAAAGCGGUAAAGGCAAAAGGCGGCAAACUGGCGACAGUUAACGAAACAUUGCGACCAAUGGUAAAGAAAAGGAAUUCCGAUGAUGACCUCAUUCCACACUCAGAAGACGACGAAGCCCCCGAUGUCGCUGCUAAAGCUGUUCGAGAACAAGAAAUCAUCAGAUUAACACAGAAACUUAUAACCAGUAUCACCACCGGUGACUUUGAAACAUACAGUAAGCUUGUUGAUCCACACGUGACUGCAUUUGAACCUGUUUCCAAUGGUAACCUAGUGGAGGGCCUGGAGUUCCAUAAGUUUUACUUUGAUAAUUUGCUCAGCAAAAGAUCAACAGCCAUCAAUACAACAAUUCUUUCCCCCCACGUGCAUUUACUUAGUGAAGAAUCGGCAUGUAUUUGUUACAUGAGGCUCACGCAAACCAUUGCAAGCAAUGGUAAUCCAGUCACUAAGCAGACCGAGGAGACGCGAGUCUGGCAAAAGAAGGGAAACACGUGGUUGAAUGUACAUCUCCACAUCUCCAACACCACAAGCCCCACGUCAAGUUAAGGUGAAUUCUAGGCUAUUAACAGCAAAUUUUAGAACUUGGACUAGAGUCAAUUACUUGCUCUGCUUUGAAGUAACUGAGCUUAAGUCACUGGACACCUUGCACAGUGCGAGCAAGCAUGUAUAGAAGAAACGGUCAUUGACCUUUUAUUAGAAUGAAGGUAUACUACUCCCUUAACGUUGUCAUAGCAACACACUGCAAUAUACGAACACGUGAUGCUAAUGUAUGUGUCGUUAUUUGACAAGAGUGUUGUAGAUGUAAAUAAUUAUUCAAUUGUGAGCUUUACGACUAUUCUAAUUAAUGUAUCAUUAUAAUUAUUAUCAAUAAUGUAAUAAUCCUUAUUGGCAUAUMUUAGUUUAUUAUUUCUAUCGUAUUUAAAAACCAAUCUUUAAAUUUAUCGUAGGAUUUCAAUUUUCAAGUUGUAUUAAGACUUAAUCAUAUUUGUAGGCCCAAUAUGACGCAAAGAAAAUUGUUUAGAAAGCCAUUUGACUAAUCAUAAAUGGCAUACAUCGUAGUCGAGUAACAAGCGUUCCUGUCACGCAAUCAUAUAAAGUGACCGUCAUGUGACUAGAUUUGCUGUCACGAGUAUAUCACGUGACCGUCAUGUGACUAGCUUGGGUUUCACGAGUAUAUAACAUGAGCGUCAUAUGUACAAGUCAUGUGACUAGCUGUAUAAGAAAGUCCAUGUGACUAAGGCAGUUUUGGUACUGGUUAGUGAGUGUAGGACGUCAUAUUUGCUUCAAUACCAUGCCUCGUUAUACGUUGUUACAAAAAUAAUAGGCCGUUUUCAUGAGGGUCGGGAGUCGCUGUUGCUAUAAACAAGUCUUUUGUUUUUCUUCCCCGUGGGACUCCAGAAGCGAAAGAUUUAUCCCUGGUUAUAAUUAGUCUACUAACCCUACCUUUGUGUAAAUGCCCUCUGAGAGACUAUGGUCAUGCGCAUUUAGUGGCAGUGGUUGAGCAGUCAGUAGUCGAACCAUUGGUUCCGGGACACAUUAAUCUCCGGCUUUUGUUAAAUCAACCAUCAUAACCGCCAUAUACUUUGUUAUUUCAUUCUCUUGGAAAUGAUUGAAAAAACGUAUUGAUUAACGGCGCGUUACGCGGUCACUUAGCGGCAUGGCUUUGACAAUUUUUAGAGUAAUAUAAAAUCGAAGAUAUGAUCCCAAACCUACAGCAAUAACCCCGUACUGGAUUAACAACAGCAAAGGCACAAUGACGUCACGUGCACAAUAUUAACAGAAGACAAGGAUGAGUGAUAGUUGGUUCCCAGUACUUGCUCAUGGCAUAUUACACGGGAGGUCUGGUCACGAGUCUAAGAUCGUGGAUUCAAAUUGUUAAACGAAAAUAGAAACUGUUUCUCCUGUGAGACAGGAAACGGAUGUACAAAAACUAGCGUACCAGACACAUAGUUAAAGUUAACUAGUUUUAGUCAAUUUAUUUCUUUUUAUAAUGUUAGACCUUAAAACAUCAAAAAUCAGAUUCUCGUACCCAAACCCUACUCAGUUUCGCUGUUAAGGGUCUGGGUACGAAAGUGCGAUAAAUCAUAGUUUUAGGCAAAUCUAUAAUCAGCUACAGAGAGAAAGCUAGUACCAGGUUUCCUCAUAAAAACACCACUCGUUCUGGUCAAAAUUAAUAAAUUAUUUCAAUUUUAUUUUGUUUGACGUAGAAGUUAUUGAAAUUAGAAAAAUUGUAAAAUUUUAAAUACACUUUGAUGUGUUUAGGAUAAUCAGCAAAACUUGACCCAGGUCUCCUCACCAUGAUAUAAAGGAGAGCCUGGAGGUGAAUUACAGCAACAAUAAAAACGAGACUGGAUUUAUUUUAAUGUUCAAAAAAUAGAAUUGGAUAAAGUGAUUCAUUUUGGAUAAAGUAAUAAAUGGAAAAUAUUUGUGCGUA